AUGAAACGUACUUAUUUACUUCGUAGACCUAAGGACGACGACGAAGAAGAUUUUUAUUCACAAGAAGCAGUCAAAGCCAAACCAAUAGACCCCCAUUUAGCCCGAAAUUUGGGUCCAGCAUUUGCUGCUGGGAAAGAUUUUGUUCGGGCUAGUCAGAAAUCUCAAAAUGAAUUUUAUGGAAGUCAAAAAAUUGUGGAAGCGAGUACUUCUGGAGGAGGUGGGGGAGCUGAAAAGGAAUAUAGAGAAAUGACUCAUGAUGAAAGAAAUAAUUUGAGUGCAAGUAUUAUUAAAGCUGAAUUGAAGGGAGACAAGGUUUCUUUUUAUUUUGAAAAUGUUAGUGUCUUAUAG